AUUUCUUCCGCCAUUUCGAGGUCGGAAGCUAGGCUAGCCCUCUCACGAAUUGGGCUGGAUUGAGAUUUCACCAUUUUUAUAACCUUCGCAGUGUGCCAUCUGUCCCAAGUCCCAAGUCCCAACCCCCCAGAAACCUGCGACUACGAACCCGGAGGCCCUUUUCCCUUCUGCUCCCUGAGCCACUCCUCCGUACUUCCGUUUCGUUUCCCCACGGUUCUGGCUAGCCGGUGCAUGGAUGCCUCGCCCAAAUCUUAAUCGCCCGCGGCGGCCCUGGUGCAUUGCCAUUGCCAUUGCGGUGGCCGUAGUGGUGAUCGUGGUCAUUGUGGUGCCAUGUGCCGUCAUCCUGACCCGGAAGAAGCAUCACUCGAAGCAGAGCAACGUGCUGUACCCUUUGUACAUUUACCCUACCAACAGCAGCACCUGGAGUCCCUUGUAUAAGGAAAUCACUGAACGCCCCGAUCUAAAUUUCACGGUGAUCAUCAAUCCCUCGAGUGGACCGGGGAACACCACGUAUCCAGAUGAAGCGUACAGCACCGAGGUCGAACGCCUUGCGAGCUACGCGAACGUUCGCCGGGUGGGAUAUGUGCGCACCGGAUACGCGACCCGCAACAUCUCCUCGGUGUUAGCCGAUGUAUCAACCUAUGCGGGGUGGGCGAACCAGUCGGCUGAAUUAGCUAUGGAUGGAAUUUUCUUCGAUGAAGCGCCCUACGUGUACUCGGCGGACAAGGUCGAUUAUAUGAACACCAUCAACGCGGUGGUGAAGAAUUCCACUGGGCUGCAAGGGGAACGAAUGGUUAUCCACAAUCCCGGCACUAUUCCGGAUAGUCGCUACAACUCCAACACGACCGACGUCACUGUGGUAUUUGAGAGUUCGUACGAUGAUUACCACACGCAGAAAGGCAAGCUCAAUGCGCUGGCGUCCGACCGUACCGGGUACAGCUACAUGCUGCAUUCGGUCCCCGAGAUGGGGAACAGUACGCUGCGGAGCCUGGUGGACCAAUUGAGUCUGAAGGCCGAGUACCUGUUCCUGACGACGUUGACGGAAGAUUACUAUGAGAGUUUUGACCCAGCGGGGCCCACGAUUAUCGACCUGAUGCCGAUUGAGUGCCGGAUUGAGACCCAUCCCGAUCUGGAAUUUCUGGUGAUCAUCAACCCCAACAGUGGCCCCGGGGACAUACCUUCUCCCGAUCCGAAUUAUGCACGCGAAGUGGCCCGUCUGAACAGCUAUCCGAAUGUUUACCUGAUCGGUUACAUCCGUAUUGACUAUUGCCGAAAGCCUUUGCCCGAGACCUUGGCGGAAAUCGAUCGCUAUGCGCACUGGGCGACCGACGAGCGCCCAGGACUAGGGCUAGGAGGCAUUAUGGUCGACGAGACUCCCAACCAUCAUACUGCCGAGCGAGCCGAGUACCUACAGAAACUGCACGAGUAUGUCAAAUCCGUGGAGGGCAUCCUUCGGGAUCGAUUGGUUGUCCACAACCCGGGCACGCCGCCUGACCCUAAGUUGGCCGAUCCGAGUCCGGAUCUCAUUCUUGUCUGCGAAGAGCCCUAUCCUCGCUAUCGCUUCGAUGAGGUGCAGCGCUACUAUGCGCAAUUUGACUACCCUCGGCUCCAAUGCGGCUACAUGAUUAGUGAGGUGCCGCGCGACGAGGUGCGUCCCCUGGUCCAAGAGUUGCGCCAUCGUGCUGCCUACAUCUUCGUCACCGAGAUUGCGGGUGAUUUUUACGAGCGCUUUGGACCCCAGAGCUGGGGAAUGAUGAUGGAGGCCCUGCGGUUGGUCGAGUCUGACCAGUAAAUUAGCUAUGUAGUUAGGUCACUACUAGGAAGAAAGUUGAAACAUGAAC